UCAUUUGUAAGAAUGCCGGUGAGACGACGCUCUUGUCCACCUGAUCAACUAGUGUGUUGUACCACUUCCGUUAUUUUUACGGAGACACAUUUUGGGUUCAUAAAGUGAAUAAAAUCCCAUGAAAAAAUAUCACGAUUUUUGUGGUACAUGAUUCUGUGAUGGUUGUUUUUAUGAGUCGUGAAAAGCAAGUGAAGAAAUAAUUUUUUCUUUUCGGGAGUGUUUUUCAAAAGCAUACGUUUCGGAAUACCUUAGAAGAUAACGGGAGUUCUUUGUCAAAGGAUUGCUCCAUGCUGCAUCCCAGGAAAUAAGAAAAGAUGGCGGUCUUCGGUUUGAUGUCGGCCGUAGCUGGCUUUGUUAAAGUACGGUACUUAAUAGACAAGGCUAUUAUCGAUAAUAUGAUAUUUAGAGCACACUACAGAAUUACUUCUGCGAUUCUCUUUGCAUGUUGCAUCAUCGUUACUGCAAAUAAUUUAAUAGGUGAUCCGAUCAACUGCAUAUCCGACAAUGCAGUACCUUCGCAUGUGAUAAAUACCUUUUGCUGGAUUACACACACAUUUUCCCUACCUACGAACUUUAAUAAGCCUUCGUCGCAUGUGGCACACCCUGGAUUGGGAGGUGAUACUGGUGAGAAAAGGUAUCACUCCUACUACCAGUGGGUACCUUUCAUGCUGUUCUUUCAAGGGAUACUUUUUUACGUUCCACACUGGAUGUGGAAACAAUGGGAAGAAGGAAAGAUCAGAAUGAUUUCUGAAGGCAUGAGAGGUGCUAUGCUUGAAAGUAAACAGGAACGUCAAGCUAGAGCGCAUCGUCUUGUUCAAUACAUUCUCGAUACAAUGCAUCUGCACAACAGUUAUGCGGCUGGAUAUUUCUUCUGUGAGGCCUUAAAUUUUGUUAAUGUUAUUAUGAACAUGUUCUUCAUUGACAGUUUUCUAGGUGGAGCCUUCUUCACAUACGGAACAGAAGUAGUGAAAUUUAAUGGAAUGAAUCAGGAGAAUCGUCAGGAUCCAAUGAUAGAAAUUUUCCCGCGAGUUACCAAGUGCACUUUCCACAAAUUCGGAGCUUCAGGAACAAUCCAAAAAUUGGAUGCUCUCUGCGUUUUGGCUUUAAAUAUUCUGAACGAGAAAAUCUACAUUUUCCUGUGGUUCUGGUUCAUUAUUUUGGCCACUAUGUCUGGAAUCGCUCUUGCAUAUAGUACGGCUGUUAUACUAUUACCUAGUUCCCGCGAAUGGAUUAUUAAAAAGCGAUUUAAGUUCAGUACACCAGCUGCAGUUAAAUCACUCAUAAGAAAAACACAGGUUGGAGAUUUUCUGCUUCUACAUCUUUUGGGUCAAAAUAUGAACAUGAUGGUAUUCACCGAAGUACUGGAUGAAUUGUGUCACCGUUUGCACUUAGGAUCUAGUAGUGGAGCAUCCCCAGCUUCAAUGCCAUCAGCACCUAGUACUCUGGAGAUGUCUCCCAUCUAUCCAGAAAUCGAGAAGUUUGCUAAGGAUACUGAAAUCUAAGUUUUUUUUUGUGAUACUACGGAGGCUGACUCUGGACGCCGUAAGGUCGAAUAGAAAGUUUGUUCUGUCAACUAGUUAUCCUGCCUGGCUCUACCUGUGCGGAACAAUACGAAUCGAAAACUAGUCCUUCUCCUGAUUUCAUUUCUUGGACGAAUCAUCGAUUGCCAGUUACAUGGGAAGCACCGAGGUCAAAAAAAAAUCAUCCACUUACAGUGUCAUUUUGCUAUAUUCUUAUCACAAGAUCGACAAAGAGCAAAGAUUAGGACAGAAAGAAGCACGCACGAUGCAAUCACGGCUCUCAAUGUAUAACAUUGUACAUACAUAUAUCGAAUUGCCAAUUAAUGAAAUUCGAAAUGAUUCUCUGAUUAAGAAAAGCGUUGCACGUUAUUCUACGCGAUAGAAGACACGCAUCAAGUCCCCUAUUUUUAGGACUUGCGAAAAUGGUACAAUGUCUUGUCUACUCAGCAAUGCAAUAACAUAAAAGACAAUGAGGUUUAGGAUAGAGAAGAAUUUGGCCAGGUAAAAAAAAUGCGUACGGAGUAGCACUUUAUACGAUUGUCGGCUCACUGCGGAGCGAUGGGCUGUGACUUGAAUGUUCUGUAUGCAACGUGAAAUCCAAUAUUUCUAGGCUUGAUAAAAAAAAAAAAAAGAAAAAAAAAGAAAAAAGCACCUAGGCAAUAUUCCCUCGACAAAAACAAUAAUUUAUGCGUCUUACCUCACAGAAUAGCUUUUAGCAUACGCGUGAUGGUGAUUAUUAGACAAUUAUGAUUAGGUGGCGCUAUUACACGACUAGGACCAAUCAAUCAAAAGUGCAAGCGAAAUUCAAUAUUUAAAUGCAGAGGAGCGAGUCUAUCUCUCUCUUUUGACAUUGCACAAUUCCGUCCAGGGUGUGUAAUACAAUUUUUGUAUUUAACGGUUGUGUACAUUCAGAAAUUUAAUAAAUUUCUUGCCCUUUUUAAAUCAAAAGACACUGAACCCUCCCCCCCAAGUAUUAUAGCUUUCUAUAGUUUUCAAUUACAAUCCGAAGAAGCAUGUAUCCUCUAAGAUCAUCUGAUGUCAUGUUUGCAUUCAAAGAGCCAAGAUAAAAAAAGAAAUGCCUGUGGCGUGCAUGUUUUAGUUUGUCACAAAUGAAUACCUUUCAUUUCAUUAUUUAUUCAUGAAUGCUUGCGAAUGCCCUGGACAGAUUGAAGAACUUUGAAACUUGGAAGAAUAGACAUAUGUUGAGAUAUAGCUUGAAAACUAUUCAAUGCCUGUAAAAUGCGAACGGGUUGUCUAGCAUAAUUCUUGUUUUUACACUUUCUAUUACAAUCUAUUUCUUUAUGUUUAAAGAGGUUUAGCUUCAGCUGCCGAAUAGCCGACGGAAUAUGUCAACGUGGCUGAUUAAAGCAAUGACAAUUACAAUAAUGUUGCGAUUUUUUUUUUGUAGUAAAUAGGUUUUGAAUAUACAUAUAUGUAUAGUUUAUACGAUCCCGUCCUGAGUGAUAUAUUAAGAUAGCCUUUCGAGGAAGAGAAAAAGAAACGGAUCGAUUAGGUAUAAUAGUUAUCUAUGAUGUGCCUUUACAAAGUUUAAAAAAAAAAUAGGAUAAUAAAAACUACAAAACGGAAAUAUAUGCUCACUUGUAAUAAUUUCGCGUGAAGUGAGAGGAAGACUGCAAUUUUGUGCAACGCCGUCAAUAGUUGUGAAACGUAGGUAAAAAUAAAGAAAUUUCUUGUAA